AUGAGCCAGUGGAUUGGGCAUGAGAACGUUAUUGGACUUUUGUACGGCCCUCUCCUGGCUAUCGUUGAGGUGUUGUACGGUGAUGUCAACCCAUCUGGACGCUUGAUAUACACUACUGCCAAGAAUGAGAGUGAGUAUAAUAUCGGCAUCUGCUACACAGCGCAGUGUAAUUAUAUGGAAGGUGUCAAUGUUGACUACCGCUACUUCGACUCUUACAACGUUACUCCUUGCUACCCCUUCAGCCGCGGUUUGUCAUACACUAGCUUCUCAUAUUCAGACUCGGAAAUCGAGGGAGCCCAAGGCUCUAUUAAAGUUCCCCACAAGCCAACACACGGUGGGCGGCAAGACUGCAAAGAUGUCGUGGGAAAUGUUCAUGGCACUGUGUCUAACAUCAGUGCUAUGGACGGUGCGGAGGUCCCACAACUUUAUCUUGGCUAUCCCAGCGGUGUUCAGCAACCUGUUCGCCAGGUUCGUGGAUUGAAGCGAGUUGAAAUUAAUAAUGCAAAGCACUCGAAGGUGACCUUCCAGCUGCGGCGUCGUGAUAUCUCCUACUGGGACAUCACCGCUCAGGAAUGGGGCGUGAUGCCGGGCAAGUAUAGGGUGUAUCUCGGUGCCAGCUCGCACGAUCUGAAGUUGCACUGUAGCUUCGCCGUUCAUCUUUCUUCCUAG